AUGCACAUCAAAUCUAUAGUACUAGACGGAUUUAAAUCCUAUGGUAAUAGAGUUGAAAUCACCGGUUUUGAUCCAGAAUUCAACGCUAUCACUGGACUAAAUGGAACUGGGAAGUCCAAUAUAUUGGAUUCGAUAUGUUUUGUUUUAGGAAUUACUAAUCUUUCUAAUGUUCGAGCAGGAAGUCUCCAAGAGCUGAUAUACAAACAUGGACAAGCUGGGAUUACAAAAGCAACAGUCAGCAUUACAUUUGAUAACCGAGAUAAAAGGCAGUGUCCAAUUGGUUAUGAGAAUCACGAUGAAAUCACUGUUACAAGACAGGUGGUAAUGGGUGGUAAAAACAAAUACCUGAUCAACGGAAUUAAUGUCCAGAACAAAAGGGUCAGCGAUCUGUUCUGCUCUGUUCAGCUCAACGUGAACAAUCCUCACUUCCUCAUCAUGCAGGGCAGGAUCACCAAAGUGCUGAACAUGAAACCUCCCGAGAUUUUGUCGAUGGUAGAGGAAGCAGCUGGUACCAGAAUGUAUGAAGCUAAGAAACAAGCUGCUCAGAAAACUAUUGAAAAGAAAGACGCCAAGCUCAGAGAGCUAAAUGAUAUAAUCAAAGAAGACAUAGCUCCAAAACUGCAGAAGUUGCAAGAUGAAAGAUCCCAGUUCCAGGAGUACCAGAAGGUUGUGAGGGAACUCGAGAAUCUCAGCAGGCUCCAUGUAGCUUAUAAAUACGUAUCAGCAGAAGAUAGCGCAAAGGAAGCUGUUAAAAAGGUCACAGAGGUGCAAGAUGAGAUCAAAACCAAGAAAGACACUAUAAAGAGCAACGAGAAACAAAUGAUUGAACUGGAGAAGCAAGUAUCUGAUUUGAACAAGAAGUUAGAUGAGGAAAGCGGUAGUGUACUAAGCGAGUUAGAAAACGAGUUACAAAAUGCCGAGAAAGAGGAGGCUACUGCAGCAUCAGCGUAUAAAGCGGCUAAAGAUAGUCUCACGACACAUGAUAAGAAGGCUCGGUUACUUGAAAAAGCAUUAGCUGACGAUAAAGCGGCUCUGACUGAUAAGAAGGCCUUACUAGAUCAGGAGUCAAGCGCUGGAGAAGCGCUGCGGGAGGCGCGCGCGGCGGGCGCGGCGCGGCUGGCGGACGCGCGCGCGCACUUCCUGGCCGUGAGCUCGGGCCGCGAGGACGCCAGCGCCUCGCUGCAGGACCUGCUCAUGGAGGCAAAGAAAGAGGCGUCAGAAGCAUCAACACGUAUUUCACAAAGUAUGAUGGAAAAGAAACACGCAGAAGAUAGGCUCAAAGCUCUGGAAAAGGAAUUCAAAUCAAGUAGCUCGCAGUAUCAGAAGGAUCGAGAGAGCAUCGACAAGCACCAGGCUGAAGUCAAUAAAUUGGAGGCCGAAUUAUCCAACAUGAAUUUCAGCGAAGAGCGGAGUAGAGAGCUCAAAGAGAAGAUUCGGACCCUACAGAACACAGUCCGCAGUAAGCGUGACCGCGCCGACCAGCUGGCGGCCACAUUGCAGCGCUGUGACUUCCACUACACCCCACCUACUCCUAACUUCGAUAAGAGCAAAGUUUCCGGCACGGUAUGCAGACUGAUACAUGUUCGAGAUCCCAUUUACUGCACGGCGCUAGAGACUGCGGCUGGCGGACGGCUGUACAACGUGGUGGUGGACACGGAGCAGACCAGCAAGCUGCUGCUGCAGCGCGGCCAGCUGCGCGCGCGCACCACCAUCAUCCCGCUCAACAAGAUCGCCGCCUCCGUGGUGCCGGCCGACGUCGUCGCGCUGGCCAGGGAAGUGGGCGGCGAGGCGGGCGACGUGCAGCUGGCGCUGGCGCUGGUGCAGUUCGAGGAGCGCGUGCGGCCGGCCGUGGCCUGGGUGUUCGGCGGCACGCUGCUGUGCCGCGAGCUGGCCGCCGCGCGCCAGGUCACCUUCCACCCGCGCGUGCGCCGCCGCUGCGUCACGCUGGACGGCGACGUGUUCGACCCGGCGGGCACGCUCUCGGGAGGCGCGCGCCAGCAGGGCGGGUCAAUACUAGUUCAAUUGGCGCAGCUGAAGGAAAUUGAAGAGGAAUUGAUACAAGCGGAGAAAGAACUGGAGCAAUGUACAAACGAAUAUAACAAAUUACAACACGCGGCCGAGAAGUAUAAUUCGCUGCAACAAAAGCUGGAGAUGUCGCGGCACGCGCUGCGCGUGGCGAGCGAGCGCGUGGCGGCCACCGCGCACGCGCAGCUGCACCGCGAGAUGGAGGCGCUGCGGCGGCGGGUUGCUGAAUUAAGUGCUCUCGUGGAACAAGAUAAAAAGACGCAAGAGGAGACCGCAGCUAAGGCGAAGGAGUUAGAAGCCAAAGUGAAGGACAUUAAAGGACACAGAGAAAGGGAAUUCAAGAAGGCGGAGGAGGAUUUGAAGAGCGCCCAGAAGGAGGCGGAGCAGAGCGGGCGCGCGUGGCAGCAGAGGGAGCAGGAGUUCGAGGCGCUGCGGCUGGAGGUCGACGAGCUGGCGCGCGCCGUGGCGGCCGCCGAGCUGCAGCGCGCGGACGGCGCGGCGGCGGGCGCGCGGCUGCGGGGCGCGCUGGCGGCCGCGCGGGAGCUGCUCGCCGGCGCAGAGGCUGUCGUAAAAGAACUGCAAUCGAAAAUAAAGAAACAGAAAGCGGAAAUAGCGAGUCGUAACGGAAAUAUAGCCAAGUUACUGCAGAAGAAAGAGCAGCUCGCAAAGAACAACAGUGAUAUAGAGCUUAAAAUUAAGGAAUUGGAUUACAAGAUUAAGGAGUUGCAGAACGAGGCGACUGAGUGUGAAAAGAAGAUCAAAAGCCUCGAAACGGAGAACCCUUGGAUACCCUCCGAGCGCCAGUACUUUGGCCUGGCGGGUGGCGCGUAUGAUUUUGAAGCACGCAGUGCCGGUGUUGCGGGCACUAGGCUGGCGCAACUGAAGGAGAGACGAGACAAGCUGUCGCGCGGGCUCAACGCUAGGGCUCACACGCUGCUGGGGAAGGAGGAGGAGCAGUAUCAAGACGUGAUGCGCAAAAAGAAGAUAGUCGAAGCGGACCGAGCUAAACUGGUGCAAGUGAUGGCUGAACUAGACGAGAAGAAGCGUCGCACACUGGCCGCGGCGUGCGAGCAAGUCAACAGGGACUUCGGGUCUAUCUUCAGUACUUUGCUACCAGGGGCCCAGGCGCGACUGACUCCGCCGCCCGGACUUACUGUGCUGGAUGGUUUGGAGGUGAAGGUGGGCUUCAACAACGCGUGGAAGGAGUCGCUGGGCGAGCUGUCGGGCGGGCAGCGCUCGCUGGUGGCGCUGUCGCUGGUGCUGGCCAUGCUGCUGUUCAAGCCCGCGCCGCUGUACGUGCUGGACGAGGUGGACGCCGCGCUGGACCUGUCGCACACGCAGAACAUCGGCCACAUGCUGCGCGACCACUUCCGCCACUCGCAGUUCAUUAUCGUCUCGCUGAAAGACGGAAUGUUCAAUAACGCGAACGUUCUGUUCCGGACACGAUUCGUCGAUGGGAUGUCAUCCGUUCAAAGAACCGUCAACCCGAGAAGAUAGUUGAAUUAAAUUGAAAUAGCUGUUAAGUAAACUAUUGAUUUU